GCGAGGGAUUAACAGUGUGUUGGGGGGGGCGGGUCAGGUGCUGAGGGUGAAGCCUUCCUGAUAAGAGAUGGCGGCCCUUGCAGGUCUGCUGGAGUGUCUCCUCUGGCCGGCUCGCAAGGAUGAAGAGGCAGAGAAGGAAGAGGAAGCUGGCGCCCAAGGGCCUCAGUCUCUCCUGGCUGUGCCGCGAUGCUCCCAGAGGCCACACGGGGGGGUGGCAGCAUCGUCCGGCCUGCGCUUCGGAGCCAGCGCAGCGCAGGGUUGGCGAACGCCUAUGGAGGACGCGCACUGCGCUUGGCUCUCCUUACCUGGGCUGCCGCCUGGCUGGGCUUUCUUCGCUAUCCUCGACGGCCACGGAGGGGCGCGAGUUGCCCGCUUCGGCGCGCGCCACCUGCCAGGCCACGUGCUCCAGGAGCUAGGCCCAGCGCCUAGCGAACCCGAGGGCGUGAGCCAGGCGCUGCGCCGAGCCUUCUUGAAUGCCGACGAGCGGCUCCGCUCGCUCUGGCCCCGUGGCGAACCCGGCGGCUCCACUGCGGUCGUGUUGCUGGUCUCCCCGCGCUUUCUAUACCUGGCGCACUGCGGUGACUCGCGCGCGGUGCUGAGCCGCGCCGGCGCCGUGGCCUUCAGCACCCAAGACCACCGGCCCCUCCGGCCGCGGGAACGCGAGCCCAUCUACAACGCGGGCGGCACCAUCCGUCGCCGUCGCGUCGAGGGCUCUCUGGCAGUGUCUCGAGCACUAGGCGAUUUUGCUUACAAAGCGGCUCCGGGGAGGCCCCCCGAACUGCAGCUAAUUUCCGCGGAGCCUGAAGUGGCUGCCCUGGCACGCCAGACUGAGGACGAAUUCGUGCUCCUGGCUUCUGACGGCAUGUGGGACGUUAUGUCUGGUGCUGCCCUGGUGGGACUGGUGGCAUCGCGCCUCCGUUUGGACCUGGCCCCAGAGCUUCUCUGCGCGCAGCUGUUGGACACGUGUCUGUGCAAGGGCAGCCUGGACAACAUGACCUGCAUCGUGGUUUGCUUCCCAGGGGCUCCCAGGGCUUGUGAGGAGGCCAUCAGGAGGGAGCAUGCGCUGGAUACAGCCCUGGGCCGCAGAGUAGCUGAGCUGUGUGCCUCUGCUCAGAAGCCCCCCAGUCUGAACACAGUUUUCAGGACUCUGGCCUCGGAGGACAUCCUGGAUUUGCCUCCUGGGGGAGGACUGCACUGCAAGGCUGCAGUCAUUGCUGAAGCUUAUUCUCAGCUCUUCCAGGCCUCAGAAGAAUGUUGGGAGAAGGGGCAGGAUGGGGCUGGGAAGCCCAGCAGUAUCCAUUUGAACUCUGCCUUGAACCUGGAGGCCUGACAGCAGUUGACCUUUGGGGACCCUCAGCUCAACUGGGACCCCAUCAGAACUCAGAAAAAAAAACUGCCCCUUCCCCAGCUAUGUGAACCAGCGGAAGGAAGCAAGCUGAUGGAGGAACCCCAGAAUACUUAUUUCCCCUUCUCCUACUUCUCCCUCACAGAAGAGACUGACUUAUGAGGGGAAAUUCCACCACCUUCUAGACCAAAAAUAACCCAAAACCAAAUGUUUGAAAUACUUAGAGCUGAACAGAUCCUGAGAGAUCACCAGGUUCAAUGACCUUCUUUUUCCAUCCUAUUUUCCAUCUGUUUUUGAGGGGAGAUGGAUAAAGUUUCAAUCACUAAAUUUUAAUUACAUUAGUAAUUCCAAAUCAUUUUCAUAUUAAAAAAAUUAUUUGCCCAUCAGCAAAUAUGUAGAGGACACCUGCUGUGUUCCAGGACAUGUUCACAGUUAGGAACCAGCCAGUCACCAAGACCCUUGCGCUCAUGAAGCUCACCUCCAAACUUGGGGAGACAGAAAACAAGGGAACCAAGAGAUAAGGCCAUCUCAGACACCGACAAGUGUCAUAGGGAAAAUAAAACAAGACAUGGUAAGAAAAUGAU